AUAGGAAAUUAAAAAAAAGAAAAAAAAAAGAAGAAAGGUGGCUACGGUGAUCGACGUCGACGAAGAGCUCCACAGACGAUCACUCUUGGAAUUCGGUAUCUUUCAUUUCGGAAAAAGCUUUAGACUUCAAAUUUGCCAACUGGAAAACCUACUGCACAUUCAAAUUAGUCUACGGACGAACAGUUUUUAGGUUUUACUGCAGAAGCUGGAAGGGGAGAGGACCAUGGCAGCUGCGGUUCCAGUCUCCACUGCUUGGAUUCCCGAAGAUGACCUCUUAUUGAAGAACGCUGUCGAGGCUGGGGCUUCCUUGGAAGCACUGGCCAAAGGGGCAGUACAGUUCUCCCGUAGAUUUACCUUCCAGGAGCUGCGAGAUAGGUGGCAUUCCCUUCUCUAUGACCCUGAUGUGUCAGCCCAGGCAUCUAUUCGCAUGUUUGAGCUUGAGUUGUCUGGGUUCAAUCCUUUAUCGAGAAAUAAUAGGUUUGAUCAUUCCAAAGUAAGUAGGGAGGUACCUGAAAAGAGGAAAAUUGUGAGCAUCCGCAAACAAUAUUAUUCCAUGCGGAAGAAAUUUCGCAGUGAGUUUUUCAACCCUACUGACCUUGGUUUUCCAGACGAGCCAAAUCUUCACGAGAGCAGUGGAAAUGUGGCUGAUUUCCGCGGAUUUGAUCGGGAUCCACAGGACAUCAAUUGUGUGCUUGGAAACUCUAUGCAGAAUCAAUUUGAGUUUCAGGAAGCAGAGAUAGAGAUCCUACGUAGUGCGUUUGCAAAACCAACAGGGAAUGCAUCUGUCACCUCUGGUGCUGUUAGUACACGCACAUCAUAUCUCACAGGAUGCUCUAAUACACUUGAAGAUAAGCAGCCAAAUGGACUGUUCAGGACAUAUGGAUUUCCUGAGGAUGUUUCCACUCCACUAAGGCAAGAUGGAACUCCUUUUGAGGCAAAUGUUAAAUCUAGGGUAAUGUCUAGUUUCAUUCAAAAUAGUUCAGUCAACAUUGGUGAAUGCUCUGGUAUUCAGGAGCCUGGCCUACCAGAAAUACCAUCUAACAGUAAGCUCUUAGAAAGUUUGGAGAUGCAACAGUUGUCUGCCUUUGAUUCAAGAAAGGAGAAUCCACGUAAUGUUCUCCGGGGAUCAAGACAGGAAUGCGACAUGAAUGCGCCUGCUGGUAAUUCAUCAUUUCACACUAUUGGUUUUUCAGCUGCAGAUCCUAAUCUGUCCCUUUGGGAACCAGUGCAAGAUUUUUCUGCAAGUCCUCUGCCAGUCAGUUUGAAGCAAGGUGAUGCAACUCAGGAUGCUGAAAAGAUGCUUACUGAUGAUGGAGCCAGCAAUGUGAAGAAUGAAGCUGUCUAUAAUGGUGUUGAUUCGGGGCCGUUAUUGGGUGUCUCAGAGGGUGAGUUUGGAGACCUUCCAGAUUCACUUUUGAACCUUUCAAAUGAAGACGACAUUCUCUUCAUAGAUGUAGAUGGGAAAGAAACUAGGGAUAAAUCUUAUUCUGAUAAUGUUCAUUCACUCCUCCUAAGUUCUCCAAAUGAUGCUCAGGAGGACAGCUUCAAUGAUAUUGAACCUCAGGCAUUGGUCACUGCAGAAAGUUGUCGUACUGAUCCUCAAGGUGAAGAUCUUGAUAAUUCUGGAGCUAUUACUUCUUCCACUCAUGCUGGUGAUCAAAAUGUUCAGCAUCCUGAAAUUGAUGAGCCAUCUGCAUCAACUUUCACGUCUAAUUCUCAUGCACUUGGUGAUGGCAAUAUUUGCUGCACACUGAACACUGAAGACCCUGAAAUUCCUUGCAAUGAUGAUAUAUUCUUGCUUAUCCAUCCUUCGACGUCAUUUGCACCUCCUGCAGCCCAAGCAACCCCUGUAGAGACUAUGGGCCUAUCUUCUGCUGCUAGUCCAGAACAAACUAGACAAGGAAACUUGUUGAUGGAUGCAAAAGAUCUUCCAAGAUCUUCUACCUGGUCUCAGAAGAUUGGACCAAAUAUUUUGCCAGAAACACGUCCCACCUGCUCUCUCGUGGGUUUUGGAGUAAAAUCAGAGUUAUCUGAUAUGAACUCUAAAAGUUUUCUUCCAAGGGAUGCUAACAAGGCUCUCGGAGACUUGAACCAAUGUAAAUCAUCGAAUGCAAAUCAAAGCAUACCAGCUAGUAGAGCACUUGAGGACAGUAUUUCUAAAGUUGACUUGAAGGCUGGAGAGUGUUCAGUGUCAUUUGUGGAAGUACAUAAUACAGUAGCAGGCUCUUUGAAAAUAGAUAUGUCAGAUUCAACAACAGUAAACCCUUCAGCAUCAGAUCAGGAAGAAUUAGGGAGUGAUAAAGAUGUUCCUUAUUUUUCUGACGUUGAAGCUAUGAUACUUGAAAUGGACCUAGAUCCACAUGAUCAAGACUUACAUAGUUCGAAGCAAGCUGAAGUUUUGAGAUAUCAGUAUGAGGACGCAAAAAGGACUAUUAUAAGGCUGGAACAAUGUGCUCAAUCAUGUCUUCAAAGAUCCAUGACAUCUCAAGGGGCCCUUGCGGUUUUUUAUGGUCGUCAUUUGAGGCAUUACAUCAGAAAAACUGAGGUUGUACUUGGAAGAUCUACAGAUGAUUUUGAUGUUGAUAUUGAUCUAAGAAAAGAAGGGCGCGCUAAUCGAAUUUCUAGACGCCAGGCAAUUGUUAAGAUGGAAACGAACGGAUCUUUCUACUUGAAAAAUAUCGGGAAGAGUUUAAUCUCAGUUAAUGGCAAGUUGGUUGCAAGUGGACAACUGAUCUGUCUUGACUCCAGUUGUUUGAUUGAGAUAAGGGGAAUGAGCUUUGUGUUUGAGAUCAACCAAAAAUACGUCAGACAGUACAUCAAUAGCAUGUCAAGGGAUAGCAAAGGGAAGAAUAGCAAGUUUGAAUGGUCACCUGACGGAGAAACUUGAGUGAAAGAAUUCAUGAAAAAGGUGCUUCGUUUCCAUCUCUUCCAAUUAAUCUCCUUUUUAUUUUUUUGGUCAUAGGAAUAUGUUAUGUGCAUUGACGAAAUUGUACAUAUGUAAUUCUCUUCAAUGCAAUGCAGAUAUCCAAUCAAGCUUUCAUCUGUAUCUUUGUUGCUUUCUCUCUUUCUUUCUCAACUUGUUCUGGAAUCCCACUUUUAUCUUUUGUUUUGACGUCGUUUUUCCCUUCAUUUUUGUUUUGGCGGUGGGAUGAAUUGUGAGGAUCAUUUGGGACUAUAAGAGCAAAACUGCAUCGGCUGGUAAAUUCCUGCAUCAGUUUCACCAGCGGCUCGAAGUCAGCACUAAACUGCAGCACGGUUUAACAUCACGGCACAGAAAAUUACUGAAGAAAACAUCAAAUAGAAUCACGAAAUCCCCAAUGUUAUCAAGAUCGCAAACUCUGAACAAGUGUAACAAAUACAUGAACCAAGUUGCUCCCUGGUCCCUGUUAACAUCUACUGUAUCUAAAUUAAUGCAGUGGGCCUAAGAGUUCCAAUUA